CAUGACAGAGUACAAUGGGGUAUCUUGGCUUGCGUAUUGGAUCGAAUAGCACUGGGUUGUUUAGAAGGGUAUGUAACGGGUCGACUGGACGAGGAGUCGUGUAUUGUGGUCUAUGUCCCUCAGGAGGUCUAUUGGACGGCUCAGGUCCGCCAAAGUCCUCUCCUUCUCCUUGCAAUGCGAGAGAGAAUUCCGAGCGCUGGCUAACAUUUCCGAGAACUGAGGACACCCAGGCAAGUGUCCUGAAAGUUCUCCAGGACCUUGGGGGCUCUGCGUCGGGAUUGGAGAUGGGACGCUGCCUGAGGUAGUGGUGAGAGAUGGAAAAGGUAGAGACGACGUUCACGAGGCGUCGAAAGAGAACAACGACGGGUGCUGGGAACCAGAUUGUGUGCAUGGUGAAGGCAUGUCAGUGUAUCAACUCUGCUUUCGGGAACGGCGCUGCCCUGUGUGGGGUGCUGUGACAGGCGUGACAAUGGUUUACCCACUCAACCCCUUGCACGGUGCACAUUCAAAUUGACCAAUGAACGUCUCAACGUUGCACGUUGACCAUUGAACUUAUAAACGUGAAGUCGUGAACGACAACCCCGUGCCUUAGAUAGCCCGCAUAUCGAGUGAUAACGUCGAUGACUGACUUCUGCAAGCCUAGGAGCUAGCGAAUAUUACAGGUACCAUUGCGUCACAAUGUGACAUCCGAGUUUCGCCGGCAGGGGCCUGUUGAUCAAAGCGGAUUGCCUGACAUCCCACUCUUCACCACCAACGACAACGACAAGCUGUAGCACAGAGCUCGAUUUCGUCAAUUCGUUGCUCAAUACUGCAGCAGAAUGGCUCAGUCGUAUUUUCCGUCCUCUUCGCGUGUAGCUUCACCUUUACCAGUGCAAAUGCCGCAAUCCGAGGACAUCCAUUCGAAGAUGGAGGACGUGCAGGAAAAGUAUCUUGAGCAGAAGGAGAGGCUCCUGGGAGCUAUCGACUCUGCCAAGACAAUCCUCAGCGACCUCCGAAUUUUCAACCGUGACUCGUGGGUGGUCAGAUAUCCGCAACUUCGAGACCAAUCGGCAGAGGAGUCUACUCCCGUCGAAGUCUCCACUUCAAAAGCACCGAAGCGAAAGAGUAUUCGUCGUUCGCUGUCUUUCGCAGAUGAUCCUACCUUCCAGACCGACGUUGUCUUGACUCCAGCGCGUAAGGGCAUGGCGCGUUCCAUGACCCUUGCCUCCAUUGCGGACGAGACGGCUGAAGAGCAAUCCAACGAAGAAGAUGAAGAUAGAUUGGUCGCUCCCUCUGAUGCUGCCGAUUUUCACGUCUUCCGUCUCGACCUCAAGCUUGGUUCACACGGUUCCUCAUCCUCCCCCGCCGCGCUCGUGUCUCAACUGGAGAAGGCGUCCAUCGCCAAUCUGUUGGACGACAGGAUUGGCGCUUCCAUGAAUCAUAUCAACAAGCUCCGACAGCGUGUGGAGGAUAAGUCUUCCAAGGUACUCGUUACUGGUGACCUCAAUGCCGGAAAAUCAACAUUCGUGAACGCUUUGCUCAAGCGCGAGGUGAUGCCGGUCGACCAACAACCUUGCACCACUGCAUUCUGCGAGGUACAUGACGCAGCAGAUAAUGAUGGCAAAGAGGAACUGCACAUCCUCAAGGAAGGUAUCCCCUAUUCCCGGGAGGACGAGUCCACUUACACUCGUGCCGAUCUUUCGGAGCUCGAGUCGAUCGUCUCCGAGAACGAGAACGUCCAGCAGAUGCUCAAGGUGUACCUCAGGGAUGCCCGUUCACCCACAGAAUCGUUGCUAAGCAACGGUAUCGUCGAUAUUUCGCUGAUCGAUGCCCCAGGUCUUAACAGAGACAGCAUGAAGACUACCGCCGUCUUUGCUCGUCAGGAGGAGAUCGACGUUGUCGUCUUUGUGGUCUCUGCCGAGAAUCAUUUCACUCUUUCUGCGAAAGAGUUCUUGUGGAACGCAAGCAACGAGAAGGCAUAUCUUUUCAUCGUAGUAAACAAGUACGAACAGAUCAGGGACAAGGCCAAGUGCCGCCGACUCGUGCUUGAGCAGAUCAAGCAACUCAGCCCCAGGACUUUCGAGGACGCCGAAGACUUAGUUCACUUCGUCGACUCUGCUUCCGCCUUUCAAAAGGACAGUCAAUCCUUCGAGAACCUCGAAUCUUCCCUCCGAUCCUUCGUCCUCGUCAAACGCGCUAAAUCAAAGCUCACCCCCGCAUCCACUUACCUCACUCACUUGCUAUCAGACGUUGACCUCCUCGUUGGCGCAAACGCCAUCGUCGCUGAGACCGAGCUUGAACGCGCCCUUGAGGACCUCAACAGGUCCAGGCCCGUCCUUGAAAAGAUGAAGAACGGUCGUGAGGCGCUUGAUGAGAGUCUGGAACAUGUUGAGGAGGCUGGAUCCAGCCGUAGCCGUAUGCGUACCAAGGAGAUCCUCAACGAUGCUUUGGUUCGUGUUGGCCAGGGCAAACUCGGCGUCGAGGUUUCUGGUCUUAACAUGCCUUCGUACCCCGGCUUCCUCGGUAUUUGGGAGUACGCGAGGGAAGUGCGUAAGACUCUGUUGACGAGCGUUGAUAUUGCUGUGAAGUUGGCAGAAGACGAGGCUAGGAAGAUUACUUCGACUGGCGUCGACAAGGUCUUCCAGCUCGGCGAGGAUCACUUGCCUGAGGGCGUUGAGAGGUCACGCAGGGUAUUCAUGCCCGAGGCCAUGUUCUCUACCGACAAGCUUGCACGUAAGAAAGCACGAAGACAAUCAGGUGCCCUUCUCGCAGGUGGUGUCUACACUCUCGGUAUAAGCCUUGGACAACGCCCUGAUAUGCUCGAGACCACAUUCUUCGACAUCUUCGACGUUCAACACCAGUUCCGUAUUCACUUCAGCGACAAGUCCAGUGAAGAGGAAGACCCGAGUCUUACCGCUCUAAGCGUCGCCUCUGUCGGUCUUGGUGCUCUCACCAUGGUCGGCGGGAAAGCACUCGGUGUCCGUGGCGUCAUCGAAGGCAUCGUUCGGCUCACCGACCUCCUAGGUAACCAAACCGCGCGCAAGUGGGCCGCCCCAGUCCUCGGCGCACUCACCAUCGGCGCCGCAGUCUACUUCGUCCUCGAGCUCCCCAGCUCUAUCCCACGAACAGUCGGGCGACGCAUCCAGGCGACGCUUGUGAAAGAGAAUGAGGAGCGGGUUGAGGAUGCGAGUUUUGUGGAGGCGCAUGCGGGGAGAGUGGGGAGGGAGAGUAGGAAGGUGCUUAGGCUUGCUUCUUGGGAUCUUAGGGAGCGGUUUAGGAACGCGAUGGAGGAGAGGGGGAGGGAGGUUAGGGGUGCGGAGGAUAUGGAGAGGAAGGCGAGGAAGGCUGUUGAGUGGUUUAGGGAGGUGGAGCAGAGGGCUGGUGGGGUGAGAUGUGCUGUGGAAUCGAUUGCUGAGGCUUGAAUUGACUUGCGGUCGAAUCUUGCAAUGUGACCAAUGUGAAAAUUCUCUAGUAUGAUCUGUUUUUUUUUUUUGCCUUUCUUGAUGAGUUUGUAGUUGACGUUGAACAGUUAAUUGACCUUCUCUCACCUCUACUCAGGUUCUUGUUUAAGGGUUGAGGCAACAAUUAGAUGCACAACUUCUUCCCUCCGCCUCCCCCACUCCAAGCCACAGUCUACUUGCUACAUUUCGACCUUCGAUAAUUUCUUCAGCUCUUUAUCGCCUGAAGUCCACUACGCUCUUUGUUUUUUUUCCCCCUCUUUCUGCGUUUCAUUUUUUUCAUCAUGCCCUCCCUUAUGAUCGACGUUACUUUAUGCGUUUGGAAUGUAGUACUUUGUACGAAUAGUUCAAGAAUCGAGACGAAUGGUCUCUUCAAUGCAUGUUUUCUUCUAUACAUUAAACCUGACGUGACGUACAAUAACACGC